AUGUACAACAGAUCAAUUGAAGAUCCUGGUGGCUUUUGGUCUGAUAUUGCAUCAAAAUUCUAUUGGAAAGAGAAAUGGGGUCAACAGGUUUACUUAGAGAAUCUUGAUGUUACAAAAGGGAACAUCAAAAUUGAGGUAAACAAUACUUUUAUCUUUCUGACAUCUACCUCUUUCAUCUUGUAUCACACACCUAAUCAGCCAUUGGUCAUUCCUAUCUAUCUACUUUGUGGUUCAAGGGUGGCAUCACCAACAUCUGUUAUAACUGCUUGGAUAAAAACAGAGUCUAGGAAUUGCAAUAAAGUUGCACUUCAUUGGGAAGGAAAUGAGCCUGAUGUUGAUGGCUCAUUAACUUACAGACAACUGUUUGAAAGAGUCUGCCAGAGAAUUACUGAACAAGCUGGUGUUGUUUUGACACUUGAUCCUAAGCCAAUUGAGGGAGACUGGAAUGGAGCAGGAUGCCACACUAACUACAGCACAUUCAGCAAAAAGGCGAUUCUCAACCUUUCCCUUUGCCACUCAGACCACAUCAGUGCUUAUGGUGAAGGAAAUGAAAGAAGAUUGACAGGAAAACACGAAGCUGCCAACAACAACACAUUUUCGGUGUUGCUAACCAUGGUUGCUCAAUCCGUGUGGGGCAUGACACUAAGAAGGCAGGCAAAGGUUAUUUGGAAGACAGGCAUCCAACAUCAAUCAUGGAUCCAUACACAGGGACUGGAUUACUUGCAGAAACUACUCUCCCGUGGGAGCCUACUCUUGAGGCUGAAGCACUUGCUGCUCAGAAUUACCUUGUUUUUUUUAUAUAUUUUUUGGUCGGAAUUGGAAUUCAAUUCCAUUCUUGUCCUGUAUUUAGUUCGCCUAAUUUCAUGGGAAUCGGAAUCCAAUUCCAUUAUGGUCCUUUCGGAUGCAAUGCAAGAUAUGAAGCAAUGGAGUAUAUGUAUGUGAAAAUGCAAAAUAUGAGACGAAUUAAGAUUAUGGUAAACAUUGAUAUUUGAUGUUUUUGGAUGUUUUGUUAAACUUUGAUAUUUGAUAUUGGCAUUUUAAUAUUAGUGUUUGGUUUUGGAUUGUAUAAUUAUUUGAUUCAUCGGGUAAUAAAUUGUUAUUGUUUAGUUUGGGAUUGUAUAACUAUUUGAUAUUUUUAGUAUUUUUUGUAAUAAAAAAUUAAUA